GUUUUAUUAUUGUGAAUGGUUCAAGUGAUAAAAAUAAAUACAAAUUUAAUUUUUUUAUAUAUAUAUUAUUCUAAUUUAUGAAAACAAACAUAAAGGGUUACAGCAACGUUUUUUAACGCGAAAAAAAGAAUUUUCCCACUAAGAAAAAAUCAUAACCCUAUUGUGGAUGCGUCAGAAGACAUGUUAGCACAGGGUUUCACCAAAAGUGCUACUCGCUUGUUUCAGCAUCUGGUAUAAUUUGUUCGCUUCGCUGGAGAGUAACACAGUAACAGUGAAUCGAAGACAGCUUAUGUGGUUAUGAGGUAAUACUUGAAGCGCAUUUUUGGUUGAACGGUUACUGUAAUAAAUAAAAUUGUCACACAAAAUAACAAAAUUGUCCAGAAGCCAAUGUUUGGUAUGCUCUAUUAGCAUUUCUUCAAAAGUGAAAACGGCCGCUAUAGAGCCAUGAAUAAUGAUGCUAUAAUUAGAUCUAGCAUCCACGAUCGUGCGAUCUAACUCCGCUGGCCUAUUUUAUGUUAGAGAGAAUAUUCCGCAUGUGAUUGUUGACAUACAGCCGCAAUUGCAGCAAAAAGUAGUCGAAAAUUAGACCUCUGGAAUUUGUUCGCACCAGCGGCGACGGUCACUUGCCCGAAAGAAUUUUUAAAACAUAAUUACGAACCCUUAUCUUUAUAAUAAAGCUUAAUUCUUAUAGCAGUAAACUAAAUGCCUUUUAUUUCUUUUUGAAAACUCCAUUUCUAAAAAAAAACCCUUUAUUUGAAAUUUAAUUGUGCUGAAUAUGCUAUAUAUUCCUUAAUUUUAAUUUUGCUGAGCAAUGUAAUUAAUUGGUAAUAUGUAUAAUAUAAGGUUUCUUAUAGGUAAAUAUGUUGUCUGUUUACUGAGUUAAGCCAUUGGACAACAGUAUUCUUCAGGUUAGUUCGUAACCAUGAAGAAAACAAUUUUUUAUUUAAUUACCUUUAGUGUAACGACAGCAUAUACAUCGCAAAAUAUAUACGUUACUGAGUAUACCUCAUUUAGCGAAUAUAAGAGUGCAGUAAACAAAAGUUAUAUGCACACAUUUGAUGAGUUUCGCAGCAAAAGAGCAUUCGAGGAAAAUGUUAAUAUAGUGCGGCAACAUAAUAAAUUAUUUGAAAAAGGUGAACGUAGUUAUCGCUUACGAACUAAUAUUAUGGCAGAUAUGAAUGGUGAGUCUUAUCUAAGAAAUUUUCUACGCCUAUUACAAAGUAAACGAUUUGGAAAUGAAAUUGACUUUGAAUCGGAUAUUGUGGGUUCAUCUUUAAUGCCUCAACCUCCAGAAGCGAUAGAUUGGCGUGAAAAAGGCUUCAAAACACAAUCUGCUAAUCAGAAAACGUGUGGCUCAUGUUAUGCCUUCAGUAUAGCGGAAAGCAUCGAAGGACAGGUAUUUAAACGAACGGGACGUGUACUGAACCUCAGUCCACAGCAAAUUGUAGAUUGCAGCGUAACAUUUGGGAAUCAGGGUUGUACUGGUGGAUCUUUAAGGAAUACCCUUAAAUAUUUGGAGGCGACGGGUGGAUUGAUGCGCGAACAGGAUUAUAAAUAUGUAUCAAAGAAGGAUAAAUGUCAAUUUGCCGCAGAGCUGGCUGUUGUAAAUGUAACCUCUUGGGCAGUACUCCCAACUAAGGAUGAAAAAGCUAUAAAAACAGCAGUAGCUCACAUUGGGCCGAUACCCAUAUCCAUAAACGCAUCACCACGAACAUUUCAACUAUACAGUGAUGGCGUAUAUGAUGACGAUUCUUGCACCUCAGACACCGUUAACCAUGCUAUGCUAGUUGUGGGCUAUACCAAACAUUAUUGGAUUCUCAAAAAUUGGUGGGGAGAAAUGUGGGGAGAAGAUGGUUACAUGCGCUUAAGAAGAGGUACAAAUUUAUGUGGCAUUGCUAAUUAUGCGGCAUAUUCUAUCGUUUAGAACUUUGGAAUUUAGAUCCUCUAACGGAAAGUUAUUUUAGAUAAAUAAAUUUAAAUACACAACAAAACGAAGAAACGUUUCUUUACUUUUUUCAACAAUAAAUGAAGUUCACCUUCCGUAUAAGGUUUAGGUUUCAAAAC